AUGGGCAAUGAUGACGUAGCUCUGAACAUAUGCAUGCUUGAGGACUGCUGUGUUGUCUGGCAUUUAGCCCUCUUAAAAAUGGACUCUGUAUACCACGAGUCUACCACUUGUGCUUCUUUGCAGCCAUCCCUGAACUUUAGGAAGCACUCUGAAAAUUUUUCGUGGGCUGGGAAUCAUUAUGAAGCAAAUUACAGAAGACAAAACUCUUCAGAUGGUUUUGAGCCUAACAUUGGAUGGCCUAAUGGAGGAUAUUUUGGUAGAAAAGAGAAGAAUGGUUGGCGUUCACAAGGCAGAAAUGGUACAGAAAAUAUGAACAAUCGUGGAGGAUACUACGGUGGAGGCUCCCGUGCUCGUUCCAGCACUUUCCACUGUGGAAGAGGCCAAGGACGGCAUGAAAACAAUGAAACUGCGAGAAAGGAGGACGAAGAAGUACCUGGACAGUUUGAGGCUGAGGAUUUUCCGUCUUUGAACCCUGGAUAUGAGCGGCAGCCAAACCAGAAUAAAUCUUUAGCUGCAGGUGUGUGGGACUAUCCUUUGAAUCCUAAAUCUAGGUCUCCGAGAAUGCUGGUCAUUAAAAAGGGCAGUACAAAGGAACUGCAGAUAUCUGGAUUCCCGGUAGUAGGAAGUCUUCAUUCACAGCCAGUAAGGUUUGGAACUGGCACAAAUGUUUAUAAAGCAUUUGUCCCUAAACCUGUCACUCCACCCACGAAGCUUACACAGUGGAAAAACCAAGCAAAAGAAAAUAAACUUAGGAAUCCUUUUCCUCAUGCGCCCACAUAUGGUGUUGGCAAUUUCAGUCCUUUCAAGUCAACUGCCAAGGCAUUUGCUGUUCCACAAAACUCAGUGAAAGAG